AUGUCGCGCCCGGGGGUGAAGCACGUCGGCGCGCACCCGCCGAACGCGCUCGUCGCGGCGGCGGCGGCGCUGCUGGCGGCGGGGCUGCUGCUGCUCGCCGUGCUGCGCGCCGACCUCCUCCCCGCCGCGCGCCCCUCGCGCAUAGAGCCCCAGCGCCCGCGCCUCAAGGUGUUCCUCGCGGCGCUGCCCGCGGAAUUCAACUUCCGCCUGCUCAAGGUGCGCGCGCGCCCCUUCCCCCCCUUGAGGGUUCUUCUUCCUGCCCCCUUCCACCUCCCCGCGCCUCAUACCUGCGCCUCUCCCUCCCCCUCCGCCACACCCCGUUCCGCCCUCUCGCUAUCCCGCAUUGAUUUUCCCUGCCACGUCACUCCAUGCCACGUGUGCCUGCAGGGGGAGUGGAUGAGGGACCACCGCGUGCAGCUGCUGACUCAGCACGGCAUGCCGCCAGCGUGGGACCUCACCCGCCCUGCGGUCAACUCAGCUUCCUCCCCCGCCAACCCAUCCGACACCUUAGCUGACAUGGAGGCGCGGUAUUGGUCGAAGCGGCGGUCACACGCACUGGUGCCGGCAUUCCCAGCAGUGCCAUUUGCAGCGGAGCACAGUGCAGAGUACUGGCUCACACUCUCCCUGCUCUCCGGUACUCCCUCCUCCGUGCACCUCGUGUCGCACGCCCGCGACGCUGAUGUGGUGUUCCUGCCCGUCUUCUCCUCGCUGCUCGCCUUCUCAUUCAAUGCCACGCCCACCAACCCGGCUGCUCUGCUGCUUGCUCUGAAACCACCUGACGGGACACCUGAGGUCUCUGGAGCACCUAGCGCAGCAGCAGCAGGAGAGGGGUUAGCCCCAGUAUUCAUGAAGCCGCAUCUGAGCGAGGAAUUCAGUCAUCUGCUCGAUAGCCUCACCAAAUGGCUCCAUGUUCUGACUGCCAGCAGCAGCAAUAGUGGUGGUGGGAGGGCAGGGGUGCAGCCGCGAGUGGUGCUGCCAGUGAGCAUGCCACGUGCUCUGCCUGCCUUCCACGCCCUCCUUCCCUCCCUCUGCACUCUUACCACCGACUUCUCCUUCUCGCCCCUGCAGGACGUGAAUUUCAUGAAGGAUGUGAUUAUACCGUAUGCGCCAAUAGUGGAGCCUUAUCUGGACGACCCUGGUCGCUGGUCUGAUCGCACGACUUUGCUCUAUUUCCGCGGAUCUACAGAGGUCUUCAAUAAUGGCAGGGAACUGCGUCGAAGCUUGGCAAAGCUGUUUUCAGCGCCGCAGUGGAGGCAAGGGGUGGUGUUUGAGGCGGUGGAGCGGAGGGAUGAGAGCGAGGUGACCGUGGAGGACGUGCAGGCCAUGCAGCAUGCCAUGCGCCGCAGCCUCUUCUGCCUCGUGCCUGAAGUGUCAUCCUCUCGGCUCUUCAACGCGAUGGUGAGCGGGUGCAUACCAGUGGUGGUGAGCGACAGCAUUCUGGUGCCCUUCAAGGACCUCACCUCUUAUUCAUCCCCUCCCUCAUGCACCAAUGCAGGCAACACUGUAUCAUCAUCGCGUCUCUUCAACGCCAUGGUGAGCGGGUGCAUACCAGUGGUGGUGAGCGACAGCAUCUUGUUGCCCUUUGAAGACCUCAUCGACUACACACGCUUCGCCCUCUUCAUGCCCUCGCACCUCGCCACGCGCUCCGGCUACCUGGCGUCCGUGCUGCGAUUGGAGGAGAGCAAGUGGAGAGCCAUGUGGCAGGAGCUGCGGCAGGUGCAGCGGCAUUUCAUAUUCGGCAGUCCGGCAGCAGAGGGAGGGGCGGAGGACAUGGUAUGGCAGGCGCUGCUGCGCAAGCAGGCCCGGGAGGCCGCUGCCAGGGAGAGAGCCGCGUGGCAGGGGGGACACGUGGGUACCGAGGGAUCCGAGGGAGGGGGGAUCCAGGGCGGGGGGAACAAGGGCGGGGGGAACCAGGGAGGGCGGGAGGUGACAGGGGGAGGCGGGGCAGGGGGAGAUGGGGCGGGGGCGGGGGCAGGGGGAGGUGAGGUGGGGGGGAUGGAUGAGAGCAUGCUUCCUGAGUUCAUGGUGAGACGGCAUCGCAUGAUGACAGGCAUGCUCGCUGCUGUGGGGCUCAAUGGCAGUGCGUGGCGGGUGAGGGAGCGAGGGGACUUCAUUGCUAGGCAGAUGGCAGAGGAGAGAAGAGAUGCAGGCAGGAGUAGGCGUGAUUAG